AGUAAGCAGCCUCCUACCUUAUAUACUGUUUUAAAUCAUUUAUCACACACGGAAUAAUAAUGAACAUCUGCUCUUUCUUUCCAUGAAUAAUGGACACUUUUUUUACAACUCUAAAGGCCUUCGGAUCUUGGAUCUCAAUGUCAUAAGCGUCUUUUCUUUAAGCAGCGUGAAGCCUAUAUUGUCUGGAGCGUAAUCUCAUGUUGUCACCAGACCAAACUGCUAAAAAAAGCCAUGACUAUGUGGGAGAAUGACAAGCAAGUCAGAAAAGAUGAACGAGAGCGAAUCCUCGCUGAGAAAGUCCCUGCACUCCAGCUGUCAGGCCUUUCUUUGCAGGACCUACAGAACCUUUGUAAAGAGCUACAACAGAAAAUUGACGUGGUUGACGAAGAGCGGUACGACAUUGAUGCUAAAGUGAAAAUUAAUGACAUCAAGAUACACGACCUGUCUCAGACGAUCUUUGAGCUAAAGGGUAAAAUGAAGAGACCGAACCUGAAGAGGGUGAGGGUGUCUGCUGACGCCAUGCUGGGGGCUCUUCUGGGCUCAAAGGUCAAGGAGUCUGUGGACUUCAAGGCCAACCUCAAGACUGUGAAGAAGGAGGAGGAGAAGAAAGAGGAGGUGACUGACUGGCGUAAGAAUGUGGAUGCCAUGUCUGGUAUGGAAGGCAGGAAGAAGCUGUUUGAUGCAGGACAGUAAGGGUGUUUAGGUGGAACCCCUUCAUUCACUGUAUUUUAAAAAGCAUUACCAGAAGGUUUCAUGUCUCAGCUGUUCAACAGUCUGUGCGAACGGAAUAUAGCUUGACUUUUAUCAAUAAAUCUUGCGUUUUUAAUGUAUUUCUGUGUUUGAUUUUGUUUAUCUUUCAUAAGUCUUUAUGUAGGCAGCAAUUUAAUUGACUAUACUAAUUAAUAAAUUCAAACUGUGAAUAACACUAAUGUCUGAUUAUGUGAUUUUGUGUUUUCGCUGCAAAUGUAACUUAAACUUAACUUGCAGGCCUUCUUUAAUGAGUUAAAAAAAACAAUAUAAUAUUAUGCAAAAAUAAAAACUGUUUUUUCCGGGA